UGUGAAGCGCCGCAUUUCAUGAGGGACGGGCUAAUGCAAAUCACUCCCCUCAGCGGCAGGAGGAGGAGGAGGAGAAGAAAGGCGAAGCAGUUUGGAGCAGCGCCUCAGCCGCGGCUUUAGCCAGAGCCAGUGGAGGCAGAGGGCCGGGAACAAACGCGCACAACAAAGCCAGCCGAGCCUUCUUUUCUUGGGCGGCCACGAUUGCCAAGCUCAGCCGUGGGGGGAGAAGCGAGGAGGGCCGGACAGGGAGGGCUGUGGAGCCGGGCUUUGUCUAGGGAGGACCGGCGGCGGAGGUGGUACCCACCCCCUUUGCAGCAAAGAAGCCAAACUGCCUGCGACUGCGAGGAAAGCACGCGUUGAAAUUUCCAAAGCACAGAUUAACAUUCAAGAUGUCUUUUGUGAGAGAUAUGGAGCUGGAACACUUUGAUGAGCGUGAUAAAGCACAGCGCUACAGCCGAGGGUCACGGGUGAAUGGCCUGCCCAGCCCCACCCACAGUGCCCAUUGCAGCUUCUACCGAACCCGCACUCUGCAGACCCUCAGCUCUGAGAAGAAAGCCAAGAAAGUCCGUUUCUAUCGGAAUGGGGAUCGAUAUUUCAAAGGGAUUGUAUACGCCAUCUCUCCUGAUCGGUUUAGAUCUUUUGAAGCCCUGCUGGCUGAUCUGACCCGAACUCUCUCUGAUAAUGUCAAUCUGCCCCAGGGUGUGAGAACGAUCUAUACUAUCGAUGGAACAAGGAAGAUUACCACCUUAGACCAACUGGUGGAAGGAGAGAGCUAUGUAUGUGGUUCGAUAGAGCCCUUCAAGAAGCUGGAGUACACAAAGAAUGUAAAUCCUAAUUGGUCGGUGAAUGUUAAAACCACCUCGGCUUCCCGCACAGUGGCCUCUCUUGGCGCGGCCAAAGGAGGCCCUUCAGAUUCAAAGGAGAACAAGGAUUUCAUUAGGCCUAAACUGGUCACCAUCAUCAGGAGUGGUGUAAAGCCACGUAAAGCAGUCCGGAUUCUGCUCAACAAGAAGACGGCACAUUCAUUUGAGCAGGUUCUCACUGAUAUUACUGAUGCCAUCAAGCUGGAUUCGGGAGUAGUUAAGCGCCUGUACACACUGGAUGGGAAACAGGUGAUGUGCCUUCAGGACUUUUUUGGCGAUGAUGACAUAUUUAUUGCAUGUGGCCCUGAAAAGUUUCGUUACCAGGAUGACUUCUUGCUAGAUGAAAGUGAAUGUCGAGUAGUGAAAUCCACUUCCUAUACCAAAAUAGCUUCGACACCACGUAGGAGCACUACCAAGAGCCCAGGUCCAUCUAGACGCAGCAAAUCUCCAGCAUCUACCAGCUCAGUUAAUGGAACUCCUGGUAGCCAGCUUUCUACUCCCCGCUCUGGGAAGUCUCCAAGCCCUUCUCCCACGAGCCCUGGAAGUCUGCGGAAACAGAGGAGCUCUCAGCACAGUGGUUCCUCUACCUCACUGGCAUCUACCAAAGUCUGCAGCUCCAUGGAUGAAAAUGAUGGACCUGGUGAAGAAGUGUUGGAGGAAGGCUUCCAGGUUCCAGCCUCUAUAGCAGAAAGAUAUAAAGUUGGCCGGACUAUAGGAGAUGGAAAUUUUGCCAUUGUAAAGGAGUGUAUAGAAAGGUCAACUGGUAGAGAAUAUGCGCUGAAAAUCAUCAAAAAAAGUAAAUGUAGAGGAAAGGAGCAUAUGAUCCAGAAUGAAGUAUCGAUUUUAAGAAGAGUCAAGCACCCCAAUAUUGUUCUUCUGAUUGAGGAGAUGGAUAUGCCCACAGAGUUGUACCUAGUCAUGGAGCUUGUAAAGGGGGGAGACCUUUUUGAUGCCAUUACCUCCACAAAUAAAUAUACAGAGCGGGAUGCCAGUGGGAUGCUAUACAAUCUGGCAAGUGCCAUCAAAUAUCUUCAUAGCUUGAACAUUGUUCAUAGGGAUAUCAAGCCUGAGAAUCUACUGGUUUAUGAACACCAAGACGGAAGCAAGUCUCUGAAGCUGGGAGAUUUUGGACUCGCCACCAUAGUCGAUGGACCUCUUUACACAGUCUGUGGGACGCCUACCUAUGUAGCUCCAGAAAUCAUUGCAGAAACUGGAUAUGGCCUGAAGGUGGACAUCUGGGCAGCUGGUGUGAUUACUUACAUCCUGUUGUGUGGUUUUCCUCCAUUCCGUGGAAGUGGAGAAGACCAGGAAGUCCUUUUUGAUCAGAUUUUGAUGGGACAAGUAGACUUUCCAUCUCCAUACUGGGAUAACGUUUCUGACUCUGCAAAGGAACUUAUUACUAUGAUGCUUCAGGUAGACAUAGAUCAGCGAUUUUCAGCUUUGCAAGUCCUUGAACACCCUUGGGUUAAUGAUGAUGGCCUUCCGGAGAAUGAGCAUCAGUUAUCAGUAGCUGGGAAGAUCAAAAAGCAUUUCAACACAGGCCCAAAGCCCAACAGCACAACUGCUGGAGUGUCCGUUAUAGCAACCACCGCUCUUGAUAAGGAGAGGCAGGUUUUCCGACGAAGACGCAACCCGGAUGUGAGGGGACGUUACAAAGCACAGCAAGCACCUCCUGAACUCAACUCUGAAUCAGAAGAUUAUUCACCAAGUUCAUCUGAGACUGUUCGCUCACCUAAUUCACCCUUUUAAUAAAACACUUCUGCUGAAGGUCUUGGCUUAACCCUUUGAGAUUCUGACAAAAAAAAAUAAUCCUCCAAACCUGUGUGCAACUGUUUCAUUUGAUUCUGUCUAUAUCAGUUGCUUGACGAAGGAACCAGAAAAAGGCUGUUUACAGUAUCUUUGUAGUAAUAAUUUCCUAAAUGAAUGAAUUGUUUUUUGUUCUCUGUCUAGAUUGUGACUUGCUGCUAAUAUGAUCCUCAAAGGGUUAAGACUAUUUUGCUUUUUUUAAAAUAUAUAUGUAUAUAUAUAUAAUUUACAAAAGGGGAAAGAAGCAAUGAAUGUUUUCAAUAGAGCUAGGAGCUACAAUAUGUGACUUAAGCAUAUGUUAACCCUCUGAGUGCAUAAUCUUAAAUAACCUUGACUUGCCCAGACCAGAGUUUUAUCUUCACAUAAGUUCCUCGAUGUCUUUACUCAGUGGUCUGACCAAAGUGCUAUAUAAUUACAGAAU